UGUCCGGGAGCUGUGAGCACACACGUCGCUCUCUCCACUCCAUCGCUCCACUGCGGAAGGACCGCGAAGGCAGCAGCAGAGGAGCAGACAGACAGCAGGUUCACUUCACUUCUUCCUGCUCGAGCCAGUCCCGUAGAGGCCACUUUAUCACUUAGGACCUACUUUUCUCUGAGAGGACAUAAAAAAAAAAGCCAAUCUCGCAGGUUGGUGAGAACGAAGGAAGACGAACUUUUGGCCGUGUGAUUUAUUUUGUUUAUUUUUAAUAUCGGUUUUAAACCACAUCCCUGUAACCUUGGAAGACGCACCUGAUUGUUGCGCGAGGAUGGGACCACUACUCCCUUUCAUCGUGUUGUGUUUGAGCGCUGCUGUCCCACAUCAUGCGAAAGGAGCAGAUGGCGAGGAGCCAACUUCUGCAGGCCCUUGCCAUCCAAACCCCUGCCACAACAAAGGCACUUGUGAGAUCAGCGARACCUACAGAGGUGACACCUUCAUCGGAUACAUGUGCAAGUGUCCACCAGGCUUCAUUGGAGUUCACUGCCAACACAAUAUUAAUGAAUGUGAAAGGGAUCCAUGUAGAAAUGGAGGCGUUUGCACUGAUCUGGUUGCCAACUAUUCCUGUGAUUGUCCAGGAGAAUACAUGGGGAGGAAUUGUCAGUACAGGGCCACUGGGCAUGGAGGGUGGCAUCAUCUCCAACCAACAGAUCACAGCCUCCUCCACCCACCGCGCUCUGUUUGGUUUGCAGAAAUGGUACCCGUACUUUGCACGCCUCAACAAGAAGGGCCUGGUCAAUGCCUGGACUGCUGCCGAAAAUGACAGAUGGCCGUGGAUCCAGAUCAACCUGCUGAGGAAGAUGAGGGUCACGGGCCUAAUUACCCAGGGUGCCAAACGUAUCGGCAGCCCAGAGUAUGUCAAGUCUUACAAAGUGGCGUACAGUGAUGAUGGGAAGACCUGGAGAACAUACAAAGUCAAGGGCAAAGAGGAGGACAUGAUUUUUAGAGGAAAUGUUGAUAACAACGCUCCAUCGGCCAACUCUUUCACACCUCCUGUUGAAGCCCARUACGUGCGCAUUUACCCCCAAGUCUGCAGGAGGCACUGUACCUUACGGAUGGAGCUCCUUGGCUGUGAGCUGACAGGCUGUUCUGAACCUUUGGGGAUGAAAUCAGGACAUAUCCAGGACUACCAGGUCACCGCCUCCAGUAUCUUCAGAACGCUCAACAUGGACAUGUUCACUUGGGAGCCUGGGAAAGCCCGUUUGGACAAACAGGGCAAGGUCAAUGCUUGGACAGCUGGACACAGUGAUCAGUCGCAGUGGCUACAGGUGGACCUGCUUUUGCCGACCAAGGUUACGGGUAUCAUCACCCAGGGAGCUAAAGACUUUGGGCACGUCCAGUUUGUCGGCUCAUACAAACUUGCUUACAGUAACGAUGGAGAGCGGUGGAGUGUAUAUCAAGAUCAGAAACAAGGAAAGGACAAGGUAUUCCAGGGAAACUUCGACAAUGACACACACAGAAAGAACGUGAUAGACCCUCCCAUCUACGCCCGGCUCAUUCGGAUCCUCCCCUGGUCGUGGUACGGCAGGAUCACUUUGCGUGUAGAAAUACUGGGAUGCACAGAGGAAGAGUGAUGUCCUUUCCUCCAAAUGAUUAUUAUUUUUCUUUUUGUUUUGUUUGUUUUGUUUGUUUUUGAGCCACCACCCCCUGCCCUUUUGGGUACUGGAGUAUUAUCAUGCAAUUCUUCAGAAAUAAAACUGUUCAGCCUGUAAAAAGAAAUUGAUUCCAAAUGGAUUUUUCAAGAAUAAGUGUUGCGUUGUGGUGGGGUUUCCUGUUCGUUCUUUUGUACACUAAGUUAAAACCUGCCCCCCGGUCUACUUUUGUCUUUCAGUUUCCUAUUUAAAAAAGUGAUUUUUGUCUUUUUAUUCUUCUCAAGAUUGGCCAUCCUCUUUGGAAUGAACUUCUGUAAAAUAUAUGGGCGGAUAGGAGUCAGGGGUGGAGUCUGAACAGGGGUGGGGGGAGGGAGAGGGGUCCCACUGUGGUUUUAACUUGUUGCCAUGGAAGCUAUUGUACAGUGUCACUUUUUAACAAAGACGUGAAACCUGUCUGUUGUGCUUCACUGGACAUUAUUAACCGACUUCAUAUCAUAAUUAAACUGUCUAAGUAUGUAGAGAUAACGCCAUCAUGUUCUGUUUUUUAUCUGAUAACGACACCCCGUCAAGCCAUGGAUUUACUCAAAGGGACUCUGACAUUGCAGCAUCUCUCGAAACACUAUCAAUUCUCUUGUAUUAUAUGUAAAAGACUAAGAAACUGCAUGGUGCGUGAAUUAUAARUGUAUAUUAUGACAAAUCAUUUAAAGCCUCCGGCCCUGAGAGUAAAUAGCUUUGAAUUGGGGACCUAUUUUUAUGUGCAUUUUUAAAUCGUACUGAAACGUGACCACACACUUCUAAAGCUCACUCGAGAUGAGGGAAAUGUGAGAUGGAUAAACAAGCACUGCAGGUGAAAGUGUCACUGCAGCACAGACAAAGAGGCUUUAUUUAAUGUCUUCUUGCUCAGUUUCCUUUUUUAUUUAUUUACAGCUUUGAUUAUAACUUUUGGGUGAUAUUUCUCUCCCCUUCCCCUUUUAGCUGUCAGAUUCAUAAAAAAAUAUCUGUGUUUGAUGUCCUCUCGUCGUCUUGUUGAUCGAAGUGAAAUGAAUUAAGAAUCUCAGGAUAGAUGUCAUUCAUAAUUACCCACGAUGUGUAAUGUUUGGCCACUGAAAAUAAAAGUAUAUUUCACUGAAAGUAUCAAAUGAGUAAAAGAAAAUAUUAAAAUUAUUCACAUUGUGUGCAUACGCCAGUUUUUGAACAUGUUUUGAUUGAGAUAUGAUCAGUGAUAUCACAGAAUAAUUAGCUUUUUUACAACAACCAUUGACUUCAUGUUUCAAUCCUAAAACUGCAGUGAUGAUGACAAAUGAACAUCAAACAGAAUCCGUGAUGGUUUAAAAUAAACUUUAUUGUUCAAAUCUUCUUCGGUUGGGUUCUGUAAGAAAUCUAUGAACAUUUAAUGUGUUGUAAAUAUACUGUAUCUGUCUGGCAUCAGUUUGGAUUAGAUGCAUUGGAAUUUUAAUUUAUCCAGAUUGAUGAGCUCAUGCCAUCUGAAAAAACAGUAUUCUUUCAGGCUAACACAUUAAAAAAAUUAAAUCACUAUCAUAUUAUCAGUACACAGUUGCUAACAUCAAAUUUGAUGGUUAUUAAGGUGCAAAUAAAGGCAGCAGCAGCUAGCUGUAGUACAUCCAGUGUAGUUGGUUUGAAUUGCAUGUUUUGUUUUCUGCAAAAAUUACUGCAUAAUGAGAAUUUUGAGACAGUGUAAAGAUUUAUAAAACUUAAUUACAAACAUUACAGUAAAAUAUUAUUUUUUAUUAUUGUUUUAUAAACCAGUAUGAAGACUUUGAUAUUGAAAUUGGUUUUAAAGUGGUAAUCUACUUUGGCCAUGGCCCAGCUUGAAUUAGCUGUUAGCUAGUCAUUCAAAGACCAUUCAAAUAGCUAUCUACAGGUAAGAUAUUAUUUGUUCAUAACCUUUCCAUAGAACCCCACUUUGAAAGAUCUUUUGAUGUUUACACAUUUAGUGUCAUGGAAUGUUUACCUUUUGUGUAUUUUCACAUGAUGUGACCGGAUCUGUUUGUAGGUUUACGUGGUUGAAAACUUUACAAGAAAACAUAAUUAUUACAAAUGUGUAUUUUAGUCAAAAGCAUUUAUUUCUGCUGAUUUCAUUGCAUAAACACCAAUUUUAGCAGUGCUUGUCAGUAAAUGAAAAAGCUGCAUGGGUAAAGAAACUGAAGUAAACAGAAUUAAACUUUAGUUGGGCUACCCUGGGUUACAUCAGGGCUUCCUGCUCCUAACAGGUUAUUCCAAAGCUCUUGAGUGCCACAAUAAGACUUGACAUCUACUUUUAUGCUUCAUGUUUUCUUUAAGACUUGCCAGCUUUCAGUGUCUCAGCAAGCACAUAAUUUCAGAACACAGUUUAUUUGCUCUGAGACAGUAGCUUGAAAAAAAAACUUUCACAUGGAGAAAAUAAUUUGGAGCAUCAUUUUUUUGAAGUUGUUGAUAAAAAACUUUUAUUAAUGACUUUUCACAUAAUACCUGCUCACGAAAGCUGGUACCAGACAUUUUUCUAUCAACACCCAAUACAACAUAAAGGUUAUUUUUGUCUGCUUUAUAAAUUCAACAGGAAAAAAAGAAAAACAAAUUAUACAGAGAAUUUAAGCUAAAAAAAUGCAGAUAAUGAUAUGCUGGUCCUCUGCAGUGAUGGUAAUGUGUUUAAAGAAUGUCUUAGAAAACUCUACAUGUGUAAGUUCUACUGAAUGCAUUUGCUGUAGAUUGUCCUUAUGUGUGAGAAUCAAUGAACAUCACUUGUUAGGUUGUGGGCACGGCAUUAAUAAUAUAUUUUAUUAUUAUUAUUAUUUGUUUUGUUUUGUUUUGAUUUUAACAUCUGUUAAUAUUUUAGCCCCUACAUGCUUAUUAUUAACCUGACCACUACAUGCACUGAUCAAGCUUUGUAGAAAGCUUCCUGUGAGCAUGUAGGAUGAAGCAGGCCUGCUGCAAAGCUCUCAGGAAGUAUGCAUGAUGUAUGAAAUUCAACGCUACAGUUAUUAACCAAGAUGUCCACGGGCACAUUCUUUUUUCUGCAUUUGAUGAUAUGCAGUGGAAUAGUUUUUUUUUUAAACCCAAUGUCGGCACUGUAAACUUCACUGAACAAAUCAAAACAAAAAGAAAAAGGAAACGAAGUGGAAAAACCAUGCUGUCUUUGUGUUUCUGUGUCAAAUGUUCUCAUAUUGUUUCUCGCCUCUCUUGUACAUCCCCAUUCAGAAAUCCCAACAAUUAUAUUUCUGCUUAUAGAUUCAAGCCUGCAUAGGAGGGAGAGACUCUGUACAGUCAAAAAAUGAGAUGUUGCUUCAAACAAAAGCUGUUUCAGUUUGACAAAUAAAAACAUAUGUGUGACAAAG